AAGAGUCAGACGGCGGAGUAGGUCUGAAUCUUCCGCCCAGUGAGUAACUGAAGACACAUCAUCCUACAGCUGCAAGAUGAGGCUGCUAUCUCUCCUAGUUACUGUGUCAUUAACGCUGGCAGUUGCUUAUUACAUUUACACCCCGCUGCCUGAUGCCAUCCAGCAGCCGUGGAAGUUGAUGAUGCUGGAUGCCUAUUUCAGGACAGCAAUUCACGUGGCCACUUUGAAGCAGUGGCUGGGAUUUGGCCAUUACAUUACAUCUAUCAGGCAGUCCACACAUGGCUUUGAGGGGAUAAUGAAGGGGCUGAUUUCUGAGUCCAGUCCAGGGCCCGUCCCAGGUGUGAAGGUCAGUGACAUCACUUUCGCUGGCAUCCCAGUGCGAGUUUAUGAGCCCCCAGCUGGAGGGGAGGGUCAUCUGAGGAGAGGGUUGGUGUAUUUCCACGGAGGAGGCUGGGCCCUCGGCACCACCAAGAAGGGAACAUAUGAUACUAUCAACCGAAUGGUUUCAGAUGAGCUCAACACCGUUGUGGUCUCUGUUGAGUAUCGUCUGUAUCCAGAGGUGCACUUUCCAGUGCCGUAUUUAGACUGCCUUGCUGCUGCCAAACACUUCUUGUCUCCAGAAGUUCUUGCCAAGUAUGCAAUUGACCCUGAGCGUGUGGCUGUGGCUGGUGACAGCUCCGGAGGAAACCUGGCUGCUGCAGUUGCUCAGGAGGUUUCUGUAGAUGACAGCAUGAGUGUGAAAUUCAGUGUCCAGGCUUUGAUCUACCCAGUGCUCCAGGCUCUAGACUUCAACACACCCUCCUACGUGGAGAACCAAUACAUGCCCAUGCUCUCCCGGUCCUUCAUGAUCCAGUUCUGGGUACAGUAUCUCAACGCUGACCUCUCCCUGGUGCCUCAGUUCGCAGUGAACAACCACAGCACCUUGCAACACUCUGCAAUAACCCCAGAGCUGAGGUCGAGACUUGACUGGAACGUCCUACUUCCUCAGAAGUACAAGAAGAACCACAAGCCUCUCAUUGUGGAAAAAGGAUCUCACGGGGUUCUGAAGAAGGUACCAGGCCUGCUGGAUGUGCGGGCAGCACCGCUGCUGGCCGGACCAGAAGUGCUGGCAAAAUGCCCUCGUGCAUACAUUCUAACAUGUGAGUAUGACGUGCUGAGGGAUGAUGGGCUGAUGUAUGCCCGCCGCUUACAGGACGCAGGGGUCACUGUUACCAUCGCCCACUACGAGGAUGGCUUCCACGGAUGUUUCAGUUUAAUAUCCUGGCCACUUGAAUUUGAUGUUGGGAAGAGGGCACUCAGGGGUUACCUCAGCUGGCUGCAGAACAACCUGUAGGAGUGUGUAUGUGUGUUUUUGCAAGUGAGUGAUGGGUGGCAGACCUUUUCUUUGUGAAUCGCAGACUUGCUGAAGGGCUUGUAUAUGCACUCUUUGUUUAAAAAAUAGAACAUCUGACCUCAGGGACCUCGUGUACCUGCACGCACUCAUUACAUGUGAAGUUUUUACGAUAUUUACAAGCGGUCUAAUCUGCUGGCAACAUCAGCAUAGCUAACACUGUGAGCAACUAAUAAAGAUACGUUUGAAAUUCUUAAAUAUGCUCUGACAGCCAUAAGGUUUCCACUAAUGGAUUAAUUCAUCAGCUGCUUCCAGCAUGAGGCAUCGUGCUUGCACUCGUUUGCAGCCACAUAACAAACACAUGAGUAAUAAAUGUCACAAGAGCUUUAUAAUUUAUGCUCGUCUUUUGAAACAAAAGCAGAGCAUUUCAAAAUCAUAGCAUUUCAACGCAUUCAAUUAAAGAAUGAAGUUGGGAAAUAUUAUCUGAUUGCAUCUGUGUUAGCGGGCAUCUCGUAAGCAUUUUAGCAUGCUUGCGUUGAGUUUAGCGCAAAGCACAGCUGUAUCUACGUAGCAUUGCUAAAAAAAAAAGAAUACUGAUGACAUAAAAUAUCACACGGACAAUGUUUUGAAAUUAUAUUCUUUGAAAAAAAUACCUUCCUUUUAAAAAAUGAGGUAUUCACUCCCUUUCUUGAGUUCAACAUGCACUGCAAGAAGGCAAUGUCUAACAUAUUAUUCUGGCUCUUGACAAUCACUAACAAAAUGCACCUCCUUUGAUUACUGUUUGUUUUUACAAUCACGUGUCUAUAUUUUGCUAUGAUUUUGUUAUAUAUAGAUGACUGAAAAUGAAUGAAUUAUAGAUGUUUUAUUGGCCUUUCAGCAGCAGCUACACAAAGCAGCUGCAUGCAUGCCAAGCAUAGAGGCAUCCUGAUGAUUCAGAUGAGAUGAUUGUAUAUAAAAUGCAUUUAGGCUUCAAACUGUCAUUUUACUUUUAAAUCCAAUUUUCAACUCUUUUAAAUAUUCAUUUUGUGGCAAACAAAUGUCCUCAGUCUCUCUGUAGUACGCAGUGAUGAAA